AUGCUGCGCCGAACUUCACGUCGCUUUGUAAGUGCCAAACAAUUCUUUGGAACCGAAGGGCAACCAAUAGAGCCGUAUACUGCGAAGUCGCUUUUUCUGUUUAGCUUUAUAGCCUCCAUCGCGUUCCUGUCGGUGUUUAGUGUGAAAGAAACAAAGAAGGCAGGCCCACUUGAGAUGCCGGACGAGCUGGAGGCGGAAAAACGCCGUAAGAAUGAUCCACGCCGCCCACCGUGGCCCCUGCUACAUCAACGUGUCGUUCUUUUGCGUGAGGGAAAGGCGCCACACGAUGAUCUGCCUCUCUUGUGGGAACAGACACGGCAUUAUUACCCUGCCGACUGGCUUGUGCCGCUUGAGGUCACGCAGGUGCUGAAGUACACAAGUGGGGCGUACCUGCAAAACUACGUGGCUGACCCGGAUCAGCUUCGCAAGGAUGUUUUAAUGCAGCUGCUCAACGUCAAGUAUGGGCGCGUGAAGGACCCUAACGGAGGGCGCAUUAACCGUGAUGUGGAGGAGAUCAUCUCCAUAGCAAUAGAGGAUCUGGAGAAUAUGGACCUUAGCCCCUCCGCGGACGCAGCGCUAGUGCCUACGCACACUUAA